AUGCCAUUAGAAGCCAUGGCGAAUGGAGCAGUUUUCGUAAACGCCAAGUUUAAGCCUCCUAUAUCUCGCUUAAAUUACGAAUCUUUGUCGAAGAAACCAUCUUUGAGACGGUUAAGCAGUCAAUCACCUUAUCUGGAGCAAAUUGGUGAGCCAUAUGUCUACACAGUCAACUUUGAUGAUCCGGUAGCAUUUGAGGAAGCAAUUCGGAAAGCUGUCAACAAGCCGGUGAAUGCACUGCCUGAAGAGUAUAGCCCUGAGGGGAUGCUGAUCAGGGUACAUAUACUCAUAUCAAGGGAUCUUUGCUUAGAUGUUCCUAAUUGGCCUCCUUCAUCGGCUUUUGUGGUAAGUCUUCUUCACAGUUGUCAUCUUUCGAACAUGAAAUGAAA